CCUGUUAUUCGGCUGUUGCUGAUCCCUGGCUACUGCAGCACUAGGGUGUCAAUUGGUCCCGCCCAGAACUUCAGUUCUGCUCUGCAAGGAUAUAUAAUACCUGAUUGGUGUGUCCAUUUAAUAUAAGAAAAUGGAAACUGAACAGCCAGAGGAAACCUUCCCCAACACCGAAACCAAUGGUGAAUUUGGUAAACACCCUGCAGAAGAUAUGGAAGAGGAACAAGCUUUUAAAAGAUCUAGAAACACUGAUGAGAUGGUUGAAUUACGCAUUUUGCUUCAGAGCAAGAAUGCUGGGGCAGUGAUUGGAAAAGGAGGCAAGAAUAUUAAGGCUCUCCGUACAGACUACAAUGCCAGUGUUUCAGUCCCAGACAGCAGUGGCCCCGAGCGCAUAUUGAGUAUCAGUGCUGAUAUUGAAACAAUUGGAGAAAUUCUGAAGAAAAUCAUCCCUACCUUGGAAGAGGGCCUGCAGUUGCCAUCACCCACUGCAACCAGCCAGCUCCCGCUUGAAUCUGAUGCUGUGGAAUGCUUAAAUUACCAGCACUAUAAAGGAAGUGACUUUGACUGCGAGUUGAGACUGCUGAUUCAUCAGAGUCUGGCAGGAGGAAUUAUUGGGGUCAAAGGUGCUAAAAUCAAAGAACUUCGAGAGAACACACAGACAACAAUCAAGCUUUUCCAGGAAUGCUGUCCUCAUUCUACUGACAGAGUCGUGCUUAUUGGAGGAAAACCUGAUAGGGUUGUAGAGUGCAUCAAGAUCAUCCUUGAUCUUAUAUCAGAGUCUCCCAUCAAAGGACGUGCACAGCCUUAUGAUCCCAAUUUUUACGAUGAAACCUACGAUUAUGGUGGUUUUACAAUGAUGUUUGAUGACCGCCGUGGGCGCCCUGUGGGAUUUCCCAUGCGGGGAAGAGGUGGUUUUGACAGAAUGCCUCCUGGCCGGGGUGGGCGUCCUAUGCCUCCAUCUAGAAGAGAUUAUGAUGAUAUGAGCCCUCGUCGGGGACCUCCACCUCCUCCUCCUGGACGAGGUGGCCGGGGUGGUAGCAGAGCUCGGAAUCUUCCUCUUCCUCCACCAUCACCACCUAGAGGAGGAGAUCUAAUGGCCUAUGACAGAAGAGGAAGACCUGGAGACCGCUACGAUGGCAUGGUUGGUUUCAGUGCCGACGAGACUUGGGACUCUGCAAUAGAUACAUGGAGCCCAUCAGAAUGGCAGAUGGCUUAUGAACCACAGGGUGGCUCCGGAUAUGAUUAUUCCUAUGCAGGGGGUCGUGGCUCAUAUGGUGAUCUUGGUGGACCUAUUAUUACUACACAAGUAACUAUUCCCAAAGAUUUGGCUGGAUCUAUUAUUGGCAAAGGUGGUCAGCGGAUUAAACAAAUCCGUCAUGAGUCAGGAGCUUCGAUCAAAAUUGACGAACCUCUAGAAGGGUCUGAAGAUCGGAUCAUUACCAUUACAGGAACACAGGACCAGAUACAGAAUGCACAGUAUUUGCUGCAGAACAGUGUGAAGCAGUAUUCUGGAAAGUUUUUCUAAGACUAGUGAAGAACUGAAGGAGUCCUGCAUCUUUUUUUUUUUAUCUGCUUCUGUUUAAAAAGCCAACAUUCCUCUGCUUCAUAGGUGUUCUGCAUUUGAGGUGUAGUGAAAUCUUUGCUGUUCACCAGAUGUAAUGUUUUAGUUCCUUAAAAACAGGGUGGGGGGGGGAAGGGCGUGCAAAAACUAACAUUGAAAUUUUGAAACAGCAGCAGAGUGAGUGAAUUUUAAUUUUUGUUCAUUGUUGGUGGUUUAAAAGAAAAAAUUCCCCCCAUGUAAUUAUUGUGAACACUUUGCUUUGUGGUCACUGUAACAUUUUGGGGGGGGGGGGUGGGACAGGGAGGAAAAGUAACAAUAGUCCAUUUGUCCCUGGCAUCUAUUCAGAGCAGUGUGCAGAAUGUAAUGCUCUUUUGUAAGAAACGUUUUAUGAUUUUUAAAAUAAAUUUAGUGAACCUAAAAAAAAAAAAAAA